AUGGCGGACGUAGGACGGAUUCCUAGGUGUAAGAAAGGCGCUAGAUUCCAUCCUAAAGAAGCUCCAUUUCCCAUUCCCAUUCAAAGUAUUUCAGGGAAACAAUCUUCUACUGAUAGAUGGUAUUAUUACACUGGUCAUUUUAGAGAUAAUUGCGUUGUAAUUGAAGAUUCAGGGGACCUUACUUUUCUUUACAAGAUGGGUUUUUUUGGGAAAGGAUUUCUGUCAAGAAGCAAACCUGAAUAUGAAACUAUUUCAAAUAUUUCUCAGAAAGCAUUUUCAAAAUCAGAAAAGCUAAGAAGAUUACCUCCAAAGGAGAGAGAAAUCAGACAGUCAAAGUUUCGUAUUGUAAGGAAGGAGAGAUUUAAAAAUCACAAGCAGUGGUGGCAGCAAGCUACUGGCACAACAUGUAAACAAGAUGAGAAGACAUGUGAAUCACUGGGAGAUAAAAUUGUCAAUAAGAAACGAAUAAUUAGUCCUUCUCCUAAAAAGAGAAAAAGAAUGCAUGUGGAGACUGCUAAACUGAAAGAUGUCACAUCUGUCAAUCAAUUAGAAUUUUGUAAUGGUACAAUAGAGACUGAAACACAAUCCAAUGAUAAUGAUAAUGAUGAUGAUGGUGAUGAUGAUGAUGAUGACGACAACAAAGAAGAGGAGGAUGAUGAUGAUUUAGAUUACGAUGAUGAUGAUGAUAGAAAUGUGCUUAGUAAUUCCAACGGAGAUGGCGAGGCAAGCAUAACUAACAGGGACCUGGAUGAAGUAAUGCAAGAUGUUUUGAGAAAUAAGAGUGGAUCUUCGAGUGCAAGUCGUAAUCGAAAUAAAUCUGAUAGAGCCAUCGCAAAAGCAAAAGGAACAAACCACAAAGCAUGCUCCACAAGACAAGAUGAUCCUUACAAAGUCUAUGAGCAUUUACAGUUGAGUUUAGAAGAGGCGUUUUUCCUUUCAUAUGGACUUGGUUGUCUGUCUGUGUUGGACAAGGAUAAGAAACCACUGUCCUUGGGUCAAAUGUGGUGUGCUUUUUGUGAAGCUAAACAAGAAUUCAUCCCAAAUUAUGUAUCAUAUCAUUACUUCAGAUCCAAGGGAUGGGUUCCAAAAAUGGGAAUCAAAUAUGGAACAGACCUGGUUCUUUAUAAGGAGGGUAUGCCGUUUUAUCAUUCAAGCUAUUCUGUGAUUGUACAAAUGGUUGAUCACCAACGUGAGGAUACAGAAAAAAGUGCUAAAACCACCUCAGUUAGAGAGCUCAGUUGGCGUCAGCUGUGUGGAGUAGGGCGUGUCAAUGAACAUGCAGCUAAGGAAUUGAUGAUUUGUUACGUCAUCAAACCAUCAGACAUGAAAAAUGAAGAACUUUCCUCCCCAAAAUGUAUUUCAAGAUUUAAAAUACAGGAAGUUGUACUCAGGCGGUGGAUUCCUGAAAGGGCACGAGAACCAGAUAAAGAAAAGUCUUGAAACUGAUCAAACCAUGUACAGCCAACCUCCUGUCAUGCAUUCGACGUUCAAACAGUGUAACGGUGUCGACUUAGAUGCUGUCUGAUAAGAUCUCGUUUCCAUAUUCAGAGAGAGGCUCGGGUCGGGUCGAAAAAAGGAAGGAAGUUUGAGUCACGCGUCCCGAUCCAAUCGUCUCUCGUGUUCACUUCUCCGCUACCAUCCGGUCCAGUAAGAACCAAUCAGAACACUCGGAUUUACCUCAGGACUACCUUUUCAUAUAAUAAAAGAUGUUCUCUUCAAUCUGAAUUGACCCAAAUUCGUUUCCCGUCGGGGUAUCCGUCUAAUGCUCGACAACUGAUUAGUGUGAGAACAAAAACCCCUGAAUAACGUUUGCCUGGACCUUUUUUGAGGUCUUUUUCUCAGCUGGUUGCAUAAAACAGUGAUGCAGAUAUCUUUAAGUGCGCAUUUGCCGUGAAUGACAUGUGUCCUCUACUCUGGUGGUUCAAGCGUGUAUUUAUAACUAAGUUAAAGAAAACGUUUGCUGCUAAAACACAAAAUACUCUGCAACAUGUGGAAUGAAGUUUCGUUUUUUUUUAAUGAAUUAAAUAAACUAUACUAUUUAAAGGAGCGUCCUACAAACGUACCUCACAUCCAAAAAUAUACAAUGGAUGGUUACAAAACAUAAUUAAAAUGGAAGAAAGUGGUUAAAUCAUUGAAAGAUA